AUGGACUCCACGGUACAUAAGCGAAAGUAUGCCGAUGUGAGCUCCGACGACGACGACGAAUCCGAUUCUCCUCCCCGCACAUCUUUCAGACGUGCCGCAUCCCGUUCAGAAUCUCCUCCGUCAGCAGGUCUAGGUCUGGGUAUGGGCUCAGGGAUGGGCCGUGGUCGCGGAAGAGGCUUAGGCAUGGGUCAAAACUCCCGGAAUAACAAUGCGACCAAGCAGUCCUCCGGAAAUGGCCUCGCGGCCAACUCCUUCGGUGCCCGCAUGCUAGCCAAGAUGGGUUAUGUUCAAGGCCAGGGUCUUGGAUCGAGCGGCCAGGGUAUCGUGAAUCCCAUCGAAGCUCAGGCUCGUCCGCAGGGUAUUGGUCUUGGGGCGGUCCGCGAGAAGAGCAAGGCAGCGCGAACCGAGGAGAAACGCGCCGCCGCCUUACGAGGCGAAUCCGUCGAAGAGAGCUCAGAUGAGGAAUUUACAAGAAAGAAGAAGAGGCAGCAAAGAAAGGAAGGUGGGCGUGCGGAGGGUGAGGCGCGGCCUGUUGGAAGAAAGAAGCCUCAGUUCCGCACUGCCCGUGAAAUCGAGGCGGAUAUGGCAGGUCUUGAGGUGCCCAACGUGCUCAAGUCCCUGAUCGAUGCGACUGGCAGGGAACAUAAGGUCUUGACCUCCACCGCAGGUCUGAUGACGCCGGUCGACUUUGUGAAUACUGAACAAAGCGAGGCUUACAAGAUUGCACGCCGGGCUCGCCAGGAUUUGGAAGCUUUCGCGGAUGAAUGGAAGGGUUUGACGGAGAGGAAACAAUACAUCGAACAAGACGAAGCUCAAUUAGUGGAUCAACUGGAUACAAAUCAGCGCCAAAUCGACCAAUUAUCGGCAUUGGUCGCUGCCUUUGGAGCUCUUGAAGUCAUCCCCGAAGAAAACAGUGAUAGCCCGCAAGCAAAACUCGACUAUGUGACUGACCAGUUGGAGUCGCUUGAAAUUCAGUACCGGGCCGAAAUUGAUGAAUAUAGGCUCUGGGAAACAGCGGUUGCGGCCAUCCACCCUCUAUUCCGAGAAGCCAUGGAGGACUGGGAGCCGCUCAAAGCCCCGACCUUCUUGGUGGCUAACCUACGGCGUCUCCAACCUAUUCUAUCUCGUAAAGCCAGCGAAGGGCAACUCGUGCAGCGCUCGUCGACCUCUCCUUACGAAACUAUGAUCUAUACCUUAUGGCUACCACGCGUACGCUCCGCUUUGCUCAACGAAUGGGACGUUUUCAAUCCUUCUCCGGCCACCACGCUCAUCGUCUCAUGGAAAGAACUCCUGCCCCCCUUCGUCUACGCCAACGUCCUUGACCAGCUAGUGGUCCCUAAGCUAACAAGCGGCCUAAACUCUUGGAAACCAAAACGGUCAUCUUCUUCAUCCCACUCUCAACAGAACUCUCGCGUCCCCUGGUGGCUUUUCACAUGGCUCCAAUACCUCGACGAACGACACACAAACCCGAAGCAAGCAACAGGCCUUCUCUCGGACGCAAAGCGCAAAUUCCGCAGAGUUCUGGACACAUGGGAUCUCAGCGCCGGCCCGGUCCCUGGCUUCGAUCUCUGGCAUGACGCUCUCUCUUCUGAAUUCGAUACGUGCCUACGCAAUCAUCUCCUUCCACGCCUCGCCGCCCAUCUCCGCGCAGACUUCGACGUCAAUCCACAAGACCAAGACCUCACGGCUUUUGAAAACAUCCUCAAAUGGAAAGACUGGUUCCAACCUAACGUACUCGGCCUUCUCUUCGUUGCCGAGUUCUUUCCAAAAUUUCAUCAAAUCCUAUACAUUUGGCUCACCAAUGACCCUAACUACGAAGAAGUCGCCGAGUGGUUCACCUGGUGGCGAUCCCAGUUUCCGACAGGAAUCAACGAUCUGGAGAUCGUAGACGACGAAUGGAACAAGGCACUCCGCACAAUGGACCUAGCAGCCCAACUAGGUGACCGCGCUGCAGAAGAAUUACCACCUCCCUCAUCCACACCCACAUCCUCAAAACCAACCAAAUCCACCCAUCCCGCACCUCAAUCACCUCAACCAUCAUCAAUAAAUUCCGGACGAACUGCCCCACACAAACCGAAAGUCAUCGAAGAAGUCGCAUUCAAAGAUGUCCUCGAAAAUUGGUGCGCAGAGGAAGGCCUCAUAAUGCUCCCAUUGCGCGAAGCGCAUCCGCAAAACGGCCAGCCUCUGUUCCGAAUUACAGCCAGCGCAACGGGCAAAGGCGGUGUUGUGGCUUUCAUCCAGGGCGAUGUCGUGUGGGUGCAGAAUAAGAAGGCGAAGGAAGUUUGGGAGCCAAUGGGGUUGGAAGAACAGCUCGUUCAACGUGCGGAAGGGAGAUAG